AUGCUCACCCACGGCACACGCAAAACAGUUAUGGCAGGCACCCAUACCCUUGGCUCUGAAAAUGGCUACAAUCAGAAUUUCAAAAAGUCUGACAUUGGCUAUCGGUGCUUGAAAAACAUGAUCCCGGGAACCGUCUACAGCAUCUCAUCUAAUACAGUCCCGGUCGCGUCGUCUUGGACCUAG